AUGGACCUGAGAAACCUGAUUUCCAACGACGAGAUGUCGGCGCCGAACAUGUCGCGCACCAAUUCGCAGCAGCGAAUGUCUAUCCACGACCUGAUGAACUCCGACGACGGCAUUCGCCAAAGAACCAGCAUCACGAACCUGACAAACGACCAGGACGUCGACAUGAACGGCAACAGAACGAUGAGUCUGUCGCGCAGAAUGUCGUCUGCAACAUCGAGCGACGCCGACGCGUCUUCCACGAAGAGCCGCAACUCGUCUUUCCACGAGCAGAUAAAGCCCCUGGAGGAGCCGAAGGAAGACAAAGAGCCAAAGGUGACUGGCGUGGCCAGAAAGCCAAGACGGUACGCAGAGAAGCCUGUUUGGGCGCGGGACUACAUUCCUACGGUGCGAAAAAGUGUCCGCAGGCCUGCGCUGACGACUGUGGCCACCAAGCUCAGCGUCGCGUCGAUCACGGGGUCUAUUCCGAGAAACGACUUCAACAAGGUCGUCACCGAGUGGAUAUGGGCAAACGUGGAGGGCGUGCGCCACGAGUAUGCUGCGCAGGGGCCGGUGGACAAGUAUCUUGAGCUGGAGCUGAAAAUGGGCCAUAUAUGGGACAAAGUGAAGGACAAGCGACUGCGGCUGCCGGUGAAUAGCGAGACGAUUCUGAACGUGGACUUUUUCCAGAACGAGUGCUUUUUCCGUUCUGGCGUGCCCGCCCAGCAGUUCCACGAUCUCAAAGCGUACAUUAGCAAACUGGCGCAGGAGAAGAACCAUAACAGAGGCAACCGGUUUGUCGUGGAGAAUUCGCACUGCGUGGACCUGAUAGCGCACGAGAGAAAGCGCAACGAGAAACCGUCGACGGGACGUGUCUCGGUGGACGUCAAGACCAAGAGACGGAUGGCCAGCGUGCACAAGCAGCGGGUGGCCGACCUGGUGAUGUAUCUUCCGAACUCGCUUUACGACAUCCGGUUGUCGAUGUCGCUGGAACUGCCGUACGAGAUGAACGACGCGGCCUUCGAGAGCUUCCAGCAGCGCGUAGAGCUGCGGCGUGACAAGGAACGCGUGAGCUUCACGCAUCCGGCCACGUUCACCAAGAUCGACAUGACCAAGGUGAAGGAGAACGGGGCUGUGAAGCACGAGGUCGAGCUCGAGCUGGACGUCAGAGAGCUUCUCAGGAGCAUGGCCAUGGUGGCGGAGGAUCCAUUGUACUAUAUUGACUUGGUCCAGGCGUUUUUGGACAACGGGCGCAUAAUAAGUAGGCAGCUAAGUAUACAGGAUUGA